AUGGACUCCAGAGAAGUAACAGAAGAGAUCAAACGGCCCAGCCCGUCCUCAUCUCGAGUUGAGGAUGUUGGAGCAGAGAAAGUCCGCAUCGAACACUCACAUAUGGUGAUGCCCGAAAUCUUAGUCGGUCUCUCUGAUGCAGAACUCACCUCUCUCGGCCGAAGAGCGACCUUCAAAUUGGAUUGUUUUAUCAUGCCUUGCGUAACUAUCAUGUAUAUCCUCAAUUAUCUCGAUCGACAGAACAUCGCCAGCGCCAAAUUAGCCGAUAUCGACUACGAUCUCGGACUCUCGGCCGUUGAAUAUCAAACCAGCGUCAGUAUCCUCUUCGCAGGAUACAUCCUGAUGCAAGUCCCAUCCAACAUUGUUGUGGGAAAGAUUCAGUACCCAGCCAUCUAUAUCUGUGCUGCGAUGGGUGUCUGGGGCCUCAUAUCCGCUCUCAUGGCCGUCGUUCAGAAUUUCGGUGGACUUCUGGCUUGUCGAUUCUUCUUAGGCUUCGUUGAAGCCGUCUUCUUUCCGGGCGCCUUGUUUUUCAUCUCGAUGUUCUAUUCUCGUCAGCAAUUCGCCCUCCGAACCGCCAUUUUAUACUCGGGUUCCCAAUUAGGCAAUGCCUUCGGUGGACUCUUCGCCAUUGGAAUUUUGGAACUCGAUGGAGAACGAGGUCUUGAAGGUUGGCGAUGGCUCUUCCUCAUCGAAGGUGUCGUGACAAUUGCCCUGGCCAUAUUGUUCGCCCUGAUCCUCCCCAACUCCAUCCGCAAACUCCGUGGCUUCACCCAGAAAGAAAAGAACUGGGUCCUCUGGAACUUCGAAUCCGAUCUCGGCCAACAAGACAACUCGAAAGAAGUGGGCGGUCGCAAAGGACUCAUGAUGGCCCUCUCCGAUCCCAAGAUGUGGAUGUUCAUGACCCUUUUGACUUCCGUGUACAUCUCAGCCGCCGUGACCAAUUUCUUCCCUUCCGUGGUGGGCGGGCUGGGGUAUUCGAGGAACAAGACGUACGGACUUACGGCUCCUCCUUUUAUGCUCUGCGUGAUUUGCAUGUUGAUCAACGGUUUCCACUCGGAUCGAAAGCAAGAGCGCUAUCUACACAUCGUCUGUCCCCUGGGUAUCACGAUGGUGGCCAACGUCAUCGCCGUGUCAACUCUCAAUAUCGCGGCACGCUACGUGGCCAUGAUGCUGAUGCCGGCCUCAUUCUACUCUGCCUCAAUCGUCAUCCUCUCCUGGAUUACUGGCAGUCUGAACCAACCCGCCGUAAAGCGCGCCGCCGCCAUCGCCGCCAUCAACGCUGUCGCCAACACGCCCAAUAUCUGGACGUCGUACCUCUACCGGUCUCCCCCGCGAUACAUCGUGGCGUUCAUCGUCAAUCUCGCCGCCGCAGGACUUGCCAUCCUUGUUGCCACCGUCAUUCGCAUCUAUCUACGCCGUGAGAACGCGAAGAUGGAUCGAGGCCAGGAUGUCGGCAAGAGUGGCCCAACAGAAGCCCAGAAGAUGGCCGGGUUUAGGUAUACGCUUUAA